AUUUCGUUGACCAGAACGAUCACGAUGGACGAAUAUCCCCUCACUGUCGAGGGAGACUGGGGAAAUGAACACGCUAAAAGUGUGAAAAAUAAACUUCAUAUUCACUUUCAGAGUAAGAAGAGAUCUCAGGGAGGAGACUGCGUUGUGCAAUAUAAUGGCGAGAGCAACUCUGCUACGAUUCUGUUCAAAUCAUCUGACAUCCGAGAAGCCGUACUCCUUCAGGAAGAACACAUUAUUACUAUUGACAGUCAGAAAAUCAAGCUGAAAGUGUACAAACCCAGCGAUGUUGAGGAACAGGCAGACAGCACCGGACAAAGAGUGGACCAGGCAUGUGGAUAUCAGGAACCAAAUCAAAGUGCCCCUCAAACUGAUUUGGAUGUGAAGAAGCCUCAAGAGUCAAGUGCUGUUGUCCUGGAGAACCUUCCAGAUGAGUUUAAACAAGAUGUUUUGACUCUUUUGGUGGAGAACAUUACAAGUCUUUCUGAAAAUGACUUUACCAUGGAAUUAAUACCAGAAUUAAGAAAAGCAGUUGUGACAUUUAAAAAUCCCAGUGAUGGAGGAAAUUUCCUUGAGGACAGCAAAACGCAUAAAAAGUUCAAGAAGAAUAAUCUGAGGGCCCAUGCACUGGAGAGAAGCACAUGUGUGCGGGUGGAGAAUCUUCCAGCUGAAGCCAACAACAACAAGAUGCUGCUGGAGCUUUAUUUUGAGAAAUGGGGUGGUCCAGUAGAGGAAGUUAUCACAAUUCCAGCAGAACAAGCAGCCAUUAUUACCUUUCAGGAGGAAGAAGCAAAGGAGAAAGUCUUGAAGCAAGAGAAUAACAUCUGUGAAGUUCCAGUCAAGAUAUAUCCCUACUUUAAAUCACUGGAUACAGUCUUGUAUGGUGGCAACAGACCACAUUUGAAGCUGCCUGAACCCAUUACAGUCAGUGUACAUCCUGCCAUCAGGAAGUUCCUCCUUAAGAAAGGGGAGAUUUCCUCUAUUAAAGACCAGAUGAGCUCACACUUCUGCCAAAUAAACAUGGACAAACCUGAAGCUUUGCUCAGUCCUGAUCCAGCAUUACUGAAACAGAAAGGAGUUACCAGAAGACACAUUGAUGGCUGGAAUAAGAAUGCCUGUGAUGCCUUCAAAAAAAUAAUCUCAAACUACACAACGUCUGAGUGGCCGGUGUCACACCCCUUGUGGUCUAAAGUGGAGAGUGAUGUAAAGGAAUUGGUGAAAGAUAAGGUUUUCACAGAUAUGGAUGCCUCUAAAGGUGUACUGACACUGGCGGGAAUGACCCAUGAGAUAACUGGACUGAAGCCCAUCAUGGAGAAAAUUAUAGAGAGAGCAACAAAUCAAUUAGAGAGAGAGAAGAACAGUGUGACAGAGCAUAUGGAGAUUUCUCCUGCCAUGUACUCUCUGCUUUUACAAGAUGGCCUGAAAAGUGCUGUUUCUCCACAAAUGCACAUUGACUACGAAAAAACAAUAAACAGCUUAGUUUUAGCAGGUCUUCAUACAGAUAUCAUCAUGUUCAAGAAUUGGGUCCUUGAGAAGAAAUUAAACAUGAAACGGAAGCCCUUAAAGAUUGACCGUUCAGUCCUGGAGUUCCUGAGAUCAGUGAACUGUGAUGAAAUGUCCACAGAUCUCUUUAUAUCUCAUGGAAUAACUGCUGUCUACACAAUCGAGAAUGAAGAUGUUGUUGUGAUUGGGAGCACAGAAAAAGCACUUGUUGAGGCAGAGAAGAGGGUGAAUAUGGUUCUUGCAUCCAAAGACCUCAUUAUAGAAGAUCAGGGUGUCCUUCAAAUGCCAGAGUGGCAGGAUCUCAAAAAACAAUUGCAAGAACUGUUCAAUACUUCCAAAAAGACAUCUGUGUGUUUAAACUUUUCUAAACAAAAAGACAAAAUAAUAGUGACUGGAUUCAGAGACCCAGUGAUGGAGGUCAGUGAUAACUUGGGACGUUUCAUUGUAGAACACACUAGAAUUGAAGAAACUGUUCGUGUCAAAUCACAUGCUGCAGUUGAAUUCAUAAAAGACAGAAAAUCACAAGACUGGCAGCAUUUAAUGAAGCCUGAGCAGGUGAAAGUGAAUUUUGAUUCAAAGAGACCCUGGAUCAAACUGUCUGGAGAGCGUAUAUUUGUCCAGCCAGUUAUGACUGUCUUUAAAAGGUUGGCAGAUGCUCUCUUCACAGACACACACAUCAUUAAAAAGGCAGGAGCAAAGAAGUACUUCAAGGAACAGGGUAAAAUGAUGCUCUCGAUGCUGUUGAAGGAUAAAAGAUAUGUGGUGGUGCUCCAGGAAGAUGACAUGCUGGAAGAGGAGGAGGUUGAAUUUUCUAAAAGGAGUUUUAAAGAUUUUGGCCAGGUCUCUUGUGAAGUUCGAACGCCAGGUGGAAUAACUGUUACUGUCAGGAUGGCAGACAUUUGCAAGCUCAGUGUUGAUGCUGUGGUCAAUGCUGCUAAUGAAGAUCUGAUGCACAGUGGUGGUGUAGCUUUCGCACUUCUACAAGCUGCCGGACCAUGUCUACAGCAAUACUCGGACCACUACAUAAAAGUAAAUGGGCCUCUGAAACCUGGAGAUGCCAUCAUCACUGAAGCUGGUCGUCUUCCCUGUAAAUAUGUGGUACACGCUGUUGGACCUCGCUUCAGCGAUUCAGACCGACGAACCACCGUGCAACGCCUGAGACAUGCUGUGAGGGAAAGCUUGAACCAGGCGUCGAGCAAAAACUGCUCCUCUAUUGCAAUUCCAGUUAUUAGUUCAGGGAUAUUUGGUUGUCCUCUUGAACUUUGCACAGAAUCAAUCGCCAAGGAAGUGUGUGAGUACAUUGAAGAUCAUAACCGGAGUAGCACAUUAACUGAGAUUCACUUGGUUGACAAUAAUGGCAGCAAUGUAAAAGCCAUGGCUGAAGCUGUCAGAAAGGAGUUUGCUGCUUAUAACCCCAAAAUGACUUUCCCUCAGCAAAACAAACCUCUUGGGUACAGUAACUAUGGACAAGGCUCUCGUGGUCGUGGUCGUGAAAACUAUGACCAAAGAAACCGUGAGUUUGAAGGUUCCAAUGGCCGGGGUAAUAGAUACUUUGAAGGAAAAGCGCACUCAGGCUCUGGUGACAGAUCUGAUAAAUCUGAAAAGUUGAGUGUUCUUAAGACCAAAACUACAAAAGAGGAACUAAAAAUCAAUCUGAGCGAAGGGAACAUCCAGGAUGCACGUGCUGAUAUCAUUGUAAACACUAUGUCGGAGGACUUGGACCUCAGUAAAGGUGCCGUCUCCAAAGCACUCCUUCAGACUGCUGGCUAUCAGCUCCAGUCAGAAAUCCACAGAGCUGCUCACUCAAACAAUCUGAAUUAUGGUGAAAUGGUCAUAACAGAUGGUUAUAAUCUGAAUUGUUCCAAAGUCUUCCAUGUAGUUUGCCCAAUGUGGAACGGUGGAGAAGACUCGGCAGAUAGGGUACUCAUUCAGAUCAUUAGAGAUUGCCUGAAAAAAGCAGAUACCUGGAGAAUGGCUUCAGUCGUCUUCCCAGCUAUCGGCACUGGGAAUCUUGGCUUUCCUAAAGAUCUGGUGGCCAGAAUCAUGCUGACAGAGUUCCAGGAAUUUAACUGUACAAAUCUCCGAGAGGUAACUGUGAUCGUGCACCCUUCUGACAAAGAGAGCAUUCAGUGCUUUACCAGCAUCUUUAGAAAUAAGAUCCAGGGUCCCAUCACAAAAGCAGCACAUCAACAUUUCAUGCCUAUAAAAAAUAUUUCUGGCAAGUCAGCCCAGACCUCUGGGCUUGUUGGCAGAGUCUCCUCUCCCUCUCUUGGGGUGCACACUAUGCAGUUGGGUCGAGUGACUCUGGAGGUUUCAUCAGGAGAUAUAACUAAAGAAAAAACUGAUGCAAUUGUCAACUCCUCAAAUAAGACAUUUUCUCUGAAAGCAGGAGUAUCAAAGGCCAUUUUAGACGCCGCUGGAUUACAAGUGGAAAAUGAAUGUUUACAGAUUGUGGGAUCAUCAAACAUGCAGCAAACAGAGAUUGUGACCUCAGCCGGGCUCCUGCCAUGUGGAAACAUCAUCCAUAUUAUUGGUCGCAAUGGUCCAUCUGACAUUAAGGAUGUCGUUUUUUCUGUUCUGAAGUUGUGCGAAUCACGCCAAAUUACUUCUGUUGCCUUCCCAGCUCUUGGCACUGGUCAGGGUGGUGCAAAACCAGCUGAUGUUGCAGAUGCAAUGGUUGAUGCAGUUGUUGACUUUGUGAAGAAAAAGAAACCAGUUCAUGUAAAGUUUGUGAAGUUUCUCAUAUUCCAGACGAACAUGUUGGCAGACUUCCACCAAAGCAUGGUCAGAAGAUCUGGUGAAAAGGUAGAGGAGGAUAAAGGUCUGUUCACCAAAAUUAAAGACUUUUUUAUGGGGGAAAGUUCAGAAUCUCCCUCAAAUGAAGAGUUUGUGAUGGUGGGUGAGGAAAUUGAGCCAGCUGUGUUCCAGCUGUGUGGAGAGACACCAGAGGACCUGAAGGAAGCCAGAGACGUGAUCAACAGCUUGAUAGUACGGGAGCAUUUGACCGUCCCAAUCUGUGAUCCAGCCAUUGCUCAUUUCACAAAGGAGGAUGUAGAAACACUGAACGGUAUGCAGAGGGAGUUCACAGUCAGUGUCCAACUCGAGAAGAAAGGCCAAGACUCUGUCGUCACAUUGGAGGGACUGACAAGAGACGUUCACAGUGCAGAGAGUCGUAUUCGGGACAUGAUCCGCAAGGUGGAAAGGAAUGAAAACCAAAAACGUGAGGCAUUUAUGAUCAGCAGUGUAGUCAAGUGGCAAUAUCAGGAGAAUGGACGCAGCAUCAUAAACUUUGAUACGUUAACUAAUUAUGACCUGGAAAAGGCCUUUCAGAACCGGCAGCCUUCAGUGAGAAUCAAGAUUAAUCAUGAUGAAUAUGAUGCCGAUUUAGAUCGAAAAAUGGCCACAAGAGGGAGAAUGAGGAUUGAACUGAACAGAGUAGAUCUGCAAGAUGCAGCUGCAGCUCGAAGUUCUUUGCCUUCACACUGGGAGGACAUGAAAGGAAAUCCUGUUGUUCUUGUAAAACUCACAUCAGGCUCGACUGAAUAUAAAGAAGUCGAGAAAGAGUUCAGAAGAACCCGACUACGUUCUAACAUCAUUGAAAUUGAAAGAGUUCAGAACAGCACACUUUGGAGAAACUACAUGAUCAAAAAGGAAGAACUGGAAGACAAAAACAAGCACAAAAACAAUGAACAGCGUCUCUUCCAUGGCACUGGUCCUGAUAAGACAGAUCAGAUCAACCACCACGGCUUCAAUCGCAGCUAUGCUGGGGCACAUGGAGCCAUGUAUGGGAAUGGGACAUAUUUUGCUGUUGACCCGAGUUACUCAGCCCAAGGCUACUCAAGUCCUGAUGUCAACGGACAUAAACGCAUGUAUCUCGCCAGGGUGCUUGUCGGUGAUUUCACUCAAGGAAAACGAGGCCUUCCUGUUCCCCCAGCGAAGAGCACCAAUAGUGCUGAUCUGUAUAACAGUGUGACUGACAACAUCAACAACCCAACCAUGUUUGUGAUCUUCAAUGAUGUACAGGCUUACCCAGAAUACCUCAUCACCUUCCAGUAGUGAUUUGUUGUUGUUGCUGUUAUUUUUAUUAGGUUGAACUGAGUGAUAUAUAACGUGUAAAAUAUUUACUUGCAGGCAUUACAGAAAUGAUUGCAAUAAUCUUUGCUGUGGCAAAUGAGAAUGAGGGAAAAAAUUAGAGGACAGUAAUUUAAUCCUUAGAAAGGCUUUGUCCAAACCUAAGAACAUUCAGAUAUUUCUAAUUUUGGUUUAAUCUUAUGGUUCUCUUUUAAUCUUCAGAUUAAUCAGCAACAGAUUUGUUUUUAUCCUGCUAAUUUAGCACAUUAAAAAGCCAAUAAGGAAAAGAGUUUGUGCUGAACAUUUCUGUUUUACAUUGGAUUUGAAACAUUGAUUCAAAUUAUAUUAUGGAACUGUAAUAAAA